AUGCCACCCAGCCCCGCACCCGCCGCCCGAGCCUCCAACCACGCACCCGCUGCCGCUAUCCUGUCAUCCGACCAGACUACAGCCGGAAAGCGCAGGCACAGCUUCUCUGCGAGCGACGACGCCGAAGACGAGCCCCUCACCAGCGGCACCCGGGGCAGCUUAUCCCGCCACAUCUCGAAGCGCAGGCGCAGACAGGAAGGGAAGAUGCGCCUUGAUAACGACACCUCCAAAUCCUCACAAUCGCCCUCGCGCAACUUCGCAAACGGAUCGUCACAGUCGUCGGGGCACAGGUCGCCCCUGGCCAAGGGCGCGAAUGGAAGCACGCACGGGAGAAACGAGAGCAAUGGCUCCUAUACGAAUGGAGGACCGGUAGCGAACGGGGGAUCAGUGCCUGCAACUUUCUUUGGCCAUGACAGGGAAGAAGUGACGCGGAUACUGAUACAGAGUCUGACCGACUUGGGCUACCACAGUGCUGCGGGCGCACUAUGCAAGGAGAGCGGCUUCCAGCUCGAAGGGCCCACAGUUGCGGCAUUCCGAACUUCGGUACUGAACGGUGAUUGGGAGGAAGCCGAAGAGCUGCUGUUUGGGUCAAAUACACACCACACCGGUGGUGGUGUUGGUCUAGACGCUCCCUACGGAAGGCCCUGGGGAAAGUCGACAUCUCAGCCCAGCUCGCAGCGUUCUACAGGCUUGACUCUAGCCGAGGGCGCAAACCGCGAGGUGAUGCUAUUCUGUCUGAAGCAGCAAAAGUACCUCGAGUUGCUUGAACGGAGAGAUCUGAGCAAGGCACUUGCGGUACUUCGGCAAGAGUUGACGCCGCUUCAUCGCGAUGUGGGAAGGUUACACGCGCUUUCGGCGCUUAUGAUGUGCCAAUCUGCCGAAGACCUCAGAAAUCAAGCUCAAUGGGACGGCGCUCGCGGUGACUCACGGAUGCAUCUGCUUUCUGAUCUUUCCAAAUCAAUUUCGCCGAGCAUUAUGAUCCCGGAACACAGGUUAGCAGUACUGCUAGAUGAAGUAAAAGAUAGCUGGAUCGCAAAUUGCCUAUACCACAACACUGCCGCGUCACCGUCUCUCUAUCUCGACCACAACUGCGAAAGGGAUGACUUCCCAACAAAGGCUGUUCUUGAUUUGAAACACCACACGGGUGAGGUUUGGUACUUGCAGUACUCAAACGACGGCACAAAACUUGCAUCUGCAGGCGAGGACCAGACAAUCAUCAUCUACGAAACCAACACAUACAAGGUGUUACAUCGACUCGCAGAACACAGGAAAUCUGGCGUCGCUCAUCUUGCUUGGAGCCCUGAUGACACAAAGAUAAUAACAUGUUGCUCGCAACCAGAGAACUCGGCACGGAUAUGGGAUGUCAAGACCGGUGUAUGCAUACAAUGUAUCAACGACUUCACCUACCCAUGUACCACGGCGGCUUGGGAUCCGUCCGGUACACGGAUUAUUCUUGGAUCACAGGACGACAACAUGGGCUGUAGUGUUUGGGACCUCGACGGGAACCUCAAGCACAACUUCGCCGAUGAUGGGAAGCUCCGUGUAAACGGCCUCGCAUUGUCGUCCGAUGGCCAGCGAUUAGUCGUCAUUACAGAGAGCGCGAUUGUCGUGUUUGAUUAUGCCACUUAUGAGAGGAUUGCCGAGUUUCAGCUUGAUGGUACAAAGUUGACGAGUGUUACGAUCAGCCAGGAUUCACGGCAUAUGCUCGUUAGCAUAAGCCCGGAUCAGAUCAAGCUCAUGGAAAUCGACACUGGGGAUGUAAUACAACGCUUCGAGGCACAUGCUCAAAAGCAGUUCAUGAUUCGAUCAGCGUUUGGCGGCGCCGAUGAGAACUUUGUAGUCAGCGGCAGCGAGGAUUCACGAAUAUACAUAUGGCGCUCCAAUGGCCUCCUUAUCGAAGCUCUCGACGCACACUCCAACGGCUGCGCCAAUAGCGUAGCCUGGCACCCCAAGGAUCCUACUACAUUCGCUUCUGCUGGCGAUGACAAACGAAUCAGGAUCUGGAAACCAGCUUCCGCGUCACCAAUGCCAUCGAGUAGCAGUAACGGUUAUGCAAGGUAG